GUGUGUGUGUGUGUUGAUGUGCCAUUGGCGUGUGUUUCAGACGCCUAUAGUGGAUCAAUUGACUGUACAUUUGUGUGUGUGGUGGAAAAACUUUUUUUUACCUUUCUGUCCCAGCCGAUAUUUGUGAAACAUUCUAGAAUAUUUCUCCACUGACUAGCUUAGCACAGUUAUGAUGUCAUUGGGAUGUUAUUGUGCUGCAAAGGAAAAACUAUCGAUUGAGCUAUUGAUUAGAUUCUCUGCUGUCCGACUAAACCAAUUAAAUUGAGUGUGUGUGUGUGGGGGGGGGCUGAAGAGGGCGGGGCUAGCGAGCAGCUUGCCUCGCGAGCGCAGUGCAUCAUCAACACAAAAAGAAGACAUGGUGACAUGGAUGCUUCAUGAUUUUUUCUUUUGAAAUGUUUUCAUAAAACAAAUCAAGACAAAGAUGACCUUUGACCUGCUGAGGCCGUGGGUCCUGGGUGUGGUCAUGGUGGUCACGGCGACGGCGGUCCGCGGCGGAAGAGUGCUCAGUGGUCAGACGGUGUGUUUGGGCGGAGCUUGGCGGGCGUGCUACAAGAUGGCGUACUUCCACGACAUGUCCAGCCGCGUCGACUUCAGGGAGGCGGAGCUUGCGUGUCACAUGGACGGCGGCGCGCUCGUUAGCAUUCGCACGCCACAAGAACAACGACACAUUCAGAGGCUACUAGAGGAGUUGCGUUCAGGCUCGGGAAUAUCGGACGGAGAUUUCUGGAUCGGUUUGACCCGCGUGGACGAAGAGGACGGGAAUCCUCCUGACGGCGUCACUUCCUGUCCACAGCGAUACAGGUGGACCGACGGCAGCGCGGCGUCCUUCAGGAAGUGGUACUUGGACGAGCCGUCGUGCGGCGCCGAGUCGUGCGUGGUGAUGUACCACCAGCCGGGUGCACUUCCGGGAGUGGGCGGGGCUUACCUCUACCAAUGGAACGACGACCGAUGCGCCAUGAAACAUAAUUUCAUCUGCAAAUAUCAGCCCGCAGAGCGCCACCUGGAAGAGGAGCUUGGCACCACGGCCGGUGGGCGGGGCACAGAGGCCUCACUGGAUGGGGGUCGUCAGGUCACCUUAACCGGCGCUUCAGGCACGUUGCUGAUGUACGUGAUCCUUCCCACAAUCCCCCUCCUGCUGCUCAUCCUGCUGGCCGCCGGAACUCGUUGCUUCCACGUGCUCAGCAGGAGGUGCCGAAUAUUUUUGGUGUACAAAUUGUGUGCGCAGUGUUGGGGAGUGAUCAAUUACAUGUAAUGAGAUGACAUCAUUUAAUUACAAAAGCCCAGCAGCGAGGCAGGCCAACCUUUGGAUUUCCAAGACCCCCAAAGGUGACACCAUGGAGCCGUGAUGCCACAUCCGCCAAUGAAGGGGGCGGAGUCAAGAGUGUCACGUGACAUUUAUUUCAUCUCCACGAUCGCUAAAUCGUGACACGUCACGCAAAAAAAUAAAAGUUCAAAGUUUGUCACUCA